CAGGGACCUGCUGUUGGAUUUAGGCAGACCACAUCACCAGCCUACAGUUAAACUCCAUCCGGACUUCAAGAGUGGAGCACAGUGUCGGGGCCCGGCCCUCAGUGUUCACAGUGUACAUGUUGGAUGUGUGUGUGUGUGUGUUUUUGGCUCUCUCAAAGUGGAUUUUGAGUGACAGAUUGGAAUGAUCGUGGAGUGACGGAUCACACGGAGCGGAGUACAGAAAGGAGGGAACAGAGGAGGGAGAGCGUGAACGAGGGACAGAGACGGAGCGAAGGAUGAAUUGGUAGAAGUGAAGCCGGACAACGAGCUGGAGGCUGACAAAAGAAGGGGAAAAAAGAGAUUUGAGAAGAGAGAGACGGGGAGGGCGGGAAAGAGAGCGAGGGAGGGAGGAGAGACAGAGGAGCCAGCCCUCUAGCUGUGACAGUUUGUGUGUUAGGGGGGUUGACAGACACAGUGGCUUUGUGUCCUGCUGAACACCACUGAACAGGACACUGCUGUGCUGGGAGAGGAGAGGCACUGUCGUUUAGUCUGUCAGUCGCUCUGUCAGUCAGUCAGUCAGACCGUCUGUCUGUCUGUCUGUAGGGAAACUAGACCUCUCUGCUACCACUCUAGCGUACAUCUGCUCUCCAGGACUUCUUUAAAAUCAUUUCAGGGCCCAGGACGCCCCACCACGGCAUGCGUGCACCCCCCACCGUGUGUGUGAGUGUGUGUGCCUUGGAAAGCUCCUUCACGUCCUUGGAGGCCAGGAGUUUGAGACUGUGAUGUGGAACUAAAAGCAUGCAUCUUGGAGAUGUGCCAGCAUCAGGAUGGAGAGGAACACCGAGGAGAACAGGGGACUAGACUGAACUGAAUUGGUUGGAACUAUUGGGAUUUUUUCUUUUUUCUGGGAUGAUCUUGGUCCAUCUGAAGAGCUACUCAGCCCUCUUGGCUUCUGCUUUCACUGAUUGUUUUAUCUCAAUGGAAGUAUGACUUGGUCAGAGAGGAUGCAGGUGUUACACUGACACCUGCGUCGUUUACUGGAAAAGAGCGUGUUUGUGCGACAGUGUCAAGACUUUUCCCCCUCCUGUGUGUGGCCCAUGUUGGGUAAUCUCUGUGCCCCCAUGCCCGCGGCUAUGCCCCCCUACCCUGCUCUACCAGCUAGGUCAGAGUGGUGCUUCCAGAAUCCCGUAGGGGUGGACUGUAGUGCCGCCGAGCCUCGCUGUAUCUGGUUGGCAGUGCUGCGUGGUGCCCCCUUGCCCUCGCCCCCCACCAUGAGGCCAGUCCCGGUCGGCAGCCGUGCCCAGCAACGUUCUCACCAGCCGAGGGCAAAGGGGUGGAGAGAUGGGCUCUCCUCGGCCGGUGACAACCCUCGGCCUGCGAUGGGGGCGAGAGGAGAGGGGGUCGGCGUUGGCUGGCAAGGCCCCCGGACGCUACUACUCCAGAAGACCUCACAGGGCUUCGGCUUCACGCUGCGCCACUUCAUCGUCUACCCACCAGAGUCUGCCCUGCACACCAGUCUCAAGGACGAGGAGAACGGGAAUGGAAAGGGGAGAAGUAGGUUGGAGCCAAUGGACACCAUAUUUGUCAAGAAUGUGAGAGAGCGAGGUCCCGCUCACCAGGCUGGCUUGUGUACAGGGGAUCGGCUGGUAAAGGUGAAUGGAGAGAGUGUCCUGGGGAAAACCUACUCCCAGGUGAUUGCCCUCAUACAGAACAGUGAGAGUGUGUUGGAGGUCUCUAUAAUGCCAAAAGAUGAAGACGUGCUGCAGCUGGCAUACUCCCAGGAUGCCUACCUGAGGGGCAACGAGCCUUACACAGGGGGAGCCCGGAACCUUCCGGUACCCCCGCCCCUCUGCUACGCUCCCCGCGCCAAGUCCCAGCCUCCCACUGGGUCCCCGGCCCCCAUGGGCCAGAACCAGCUGGACAACUGGAGCCGCUGGGCAGGCUCCGCCAGCCCUUUGUCCCCCCUGGACAACCGCUCCACCGUGGGCAGCCCGGCCAGCUGGCAGGAGGGGCGGGGCGGACAGCCGGUGGGCCACAGUAGCCCCCCCCACAGGACGGAGGAGAUCCAGUACGGUGUGACCGGGCAGCAGCCUACGGGACAGACCAGGGGCCGCUCCUACUCCUCAUCUUCCUCCUCAGGAGGGCCCCUCAGCAGCCCUCUGCGUGUCCACUACGUCAACCACAAUGCCACCGCCACCACCGCCUCCUCUCAGCCCCGGAAGGGCAGCCAGGCCUGGGCCAGCCCUCCCCAGCCCAGCCCCAGCCACAGCCAUCACUGCCAACAGGCCCUGUCUGAGUGGUACUACAGCCAAGCUGCUGAGCAGCGCCAGGACCGCAGUGGCAGCAUGCACCAACGCCACCGCAGCUAUUCUCAGGACAGGCUGUGUGAGACAGGCCCCGGGCGCCACCGCCGGGGUCCGGGCGGCUGGCCCCACAGUGCCUCCCAGGACACCCUGAUGCUACUGCAACAGUCAGGCCCCGGCCCCCACGGGGACCCUUCUUGGACCUACGGAGACUGGGAGGGGGCCCGGGACCAGAGUCACCCCUCCUCCUACGGCAGCAGAGCCCGGUCGGAGAACCUGCUGGUACAGUACGACCGCUAUGGCCGCUCGCUGGAGAUGCUGGGGUCGCCCCGUUUCGAGAGGCCCGCCUGGCUGCAGCAGGCCUCACAACAAGCACCCAGAACUGAGGCCUAUCAGAGGCAGGGGAACCAUUGUGGUGUCGCGCCGGCCCCCUCUAUGGGCCGACAAGCACAGCCGCACCACAAAACCCAAUCACAGUCCCACCCACAUACCCAGCCCCAACAGCCAGCCCCUCAGAGCAGACGUCUGCCCACCGGACAGAGCCUGGACGACCAGCCAGUAGGUUACCGCAGCUACAGCCCCUCCUUCAACCGCAAGACAGGCCGCAUCAUGCAGCAACCCUCCUUCAGGGACCCCUCCUACCUUGGACCCCACCUCAGCUGGGCCCCCACCCCCCAAAACCAGCCCCCCGGAGGGUGUUGUUCCAUCCCCCCUGGCCUCCACCACCCCAUGGCACGGAACCCCCUGUGUUCCCCCCCUGACCCCCACAACGCUGCCCCCGCCCCUCGCCCCUCAGGAGAUAGUGCCCCGCACCGUACCAAUGGCAACCUGGCCCCCCUGUCUGUAGAGGAUGACGCAAUGGCCUCCAUUCCCUUUAUAGAUGAGCCGACGAGCCCCAGCGCUGACCUCCGUGCCCGCCACGUGCCCGCCUCCUCCGUGGUGUCCAGCGGCAUGAGCUCAGCUCCCGCCAUCAUCACCAGCCCCGCCUCCCCCACCUUCACCUUCCCUCUAACCAGGCUCUUCUCACACGACUGCAGCAGUAUUAAAUCCAGUCGCCGUUCCUCCUAUCUUCUAGCCAUCACCACGGAGCGCUCCAAGUCAUGUGACGAGGGACUCAACACCUUCAGAGAGGAGGGCCGCGUCUUCUCGAGGCUGCCAAAGAGAGUGAAGAGUUUCUUCACUGAUGGGUCUCUGGACAGUCUGGGGGCAGCGGAGGAGGCGCGCUCCAAACGCCACUCCACCUCAGAGCUGGGCAGUAUCAGCUACAGUGACAUAUGGAGAGAGGGAUGGCUGCACUACAAACAGAUCCUGACGGAGAAGGGCAAGAAGGUGGGUAGCGGCAUGCGUCCGUGGAGGCGGGUCUUCUCGGUGUUGCGCUCCCAUUCGCUCUUCCUUUACAAGGACAAGCGGGAGGCGGUCCUGCGGGGCGCCACUCUGGGAGGCGAUGCCGACGAGGAGCAGCCAAUCAGCAUCCGGGGCUGCCUGGUGGACAUAGCGUACAGCGAGACCAAGCGUAAGCACGCGCUGCGUCUGACCACUCAGGACUUUUGUGAGUACCUGCUGCAGGCCGAGGACAGAGAGGACAUGCUGGACUGGAUCAAGGUCAUCAGCGAGAACAGCAAGACCGACAAUGAGGAGCUGGGAUUCUCAAGACAGGCUCUGAUCAGUAAGAAGCUCAAUGACUACAGGAAACAGAGUCCAACAGGCAACAAGCCGGACUCCUCUCCCAGGGUGUCCCGUGCCAAGCCUUCCUUCCUGCUGGCCAAGAUGGAGAACGCUGCCGGGGCGCCGCGCUCACCCAAACCUGAGGGCAAAGAUGAGAGCAACCCCCCUAAGUCGCCAUGGGGGAUCAACAUCAUGAAGAAGUCCAAGAAGUCAGGGCCCAAGGCUUUUGGAGUGCGGCUAGAAGACUGCCAGCCAGCUGCCAACAACAAGUUCAUCCCGAUGAUCGUGGAGAUCUGCUGUGGGCUGGUGGAGGACAUGGGUCUGGAGUACACCGGCAUCUACAGGGUCCCAGGAAACAACGCAGUGGUGUCCAGCCUUCAGGACCAGCUCAACAAGGGAUCGGACAUCAACCCUGCAGAGGAGAAAUGGCAGGACCUGAACGUGAUCAGCAGCUUGCUCAAGUCUUUCUUCAGGAAACUUCCGGAGCCUCUCUUCACUGAUGAUAAGUACAAUGACUUCAUCGACGCUAACCGGAUGGAAAAUGCCGGGGACCGGCUAAAGACCAUGAAAAAACUGAUCCGUGACUUACCGGACCAUUACUACCACACUCUCAAGUUCCUGGUUGGCCAUCUGAAGACGGUAGCUGACCACUGUGAGAAAAACAAGAUGGAACCUCGUAACUUGGCCCUGGUGUUUGGGCCCACGCUGGUGCGGACGUCUGAAGACAACAUGACAGACAUGGUGACUCACAUGCCUGACCGCUACAAGAUAGUAGAGACGCUCAUCCAACAUUAUCUCUGGUUUUUCAGUGAGGACCUGGACAAGGAUGAGAAGACUCCAGUAGACACGAAGGACCUGGUGCCUGCCCCCAAUAUCGACCACUUGCUCUCCAACAUCGGCAGGACCGCUCUGCUAGGGGAGGCGUCAGACUCAACCAACAGUGACUCAGCUAAAUCUAAGGGGUCGUGGGGGUCAAAGCGAGACCUCACUGCCAAGGACUUUCUGACCCUGUCCAUCAUGUCCGCCGUCACCGGACGCAAGCGCAGGAAUCGCCACAACGGCCGCCUCGUGGGCAGCAGCACAGACGACGACUCGGAGCACGAGCCAAUCAAAGCCAGCCACCUGGGGGCAGAGGAGGGAGAAGAGGCGGGGCUGGUGGUGGCAGGAACAGACACCGCCCCACGAGCAGAGGGAGAGGAGGAGGAAGAUGAUGAGGAGGAGGAAGAAGAAGAGUCUGUAGUAGAGAGAGUGAGAGAGAAGGUAGAGGAGGUGAUAGUUCCCAGCAUGCCAUGCGGUAGUGAGAAAGAGAAAGCAGGGCAGACGGUGAUGCUGCUCCCUGAGGAAGAGGUGGCGACAGCAGAGGUGAAGGGCAGGGUGUGGCGGGGGCCAGAGGACGCUCGCUCUAUCGUCUCUGGUUACUCCACCCUCUCCACACUGGGGCGGAGCCUGGCGUCUGAGGGCCGGUGCGAUGAAGCUGACGACGAGCGCAGCGAGCUGGUGAGCGAGACGGACAAUGAGAGCGGAUUCGCCUCGCGCUCCCUUACCCAGGAGAGACCUGAGAAACACCCCCCUGCAUCCAUUACACCCACCCUCACACCCCCUACCCCCCCACAGCCCCCCACAGCAGCACAACGAAGCUUCCUCUACACACACUACAAACCCCACCCUGUCUCCCCCACGACCCAGCAGACCACCCCCACUCCAUCCACACAUACUCAGGACCCUGGGGAGAGGAGCGAGGGUGGGGCGCGAUCCACCACCCCCUCCUCCUCCUCCUCCUCCACCACCCACAGACUACACCCCCGGCCCUCCUUCAACUCCCACAAGCUGAUCCAGUGUGACACGCUGGCCAGGAAGAAGCUAAAGGACAGAGGGAAGACCAAGGCUCAUUCUCUGGACCUGCUGGACCUCCCUGGGCCUUCAGGAGAGGAGGGAGACGGGGUACCAGGGGCCCAGAGGGACCGAUCCAGGACCAACCCUUCCUCAGGGAGCAGCCAGGAGAGCCUACGUCCACCCCGGCCCAAAGAAGCCCUGCCCCCCAGCGAGGCUGCCUCUUUCACCCCCAGCGGGAUGGGUCAGGGGCGAGGGUCUCUGGCUGACCAGGUGCGUGCGCGCCUGCUCGGCUCGGCUGAUGACCUGCGUAUCGUGGGGCUGAGGAAGCCACUCUCCCCGGAGACGAGGAGGAAGAGACGGGCCUGGAGAAGACACACUGUGGUGGUCUCACCUACCGAGUCGGGCGACAAGAGGCCUGCGCUAGCCACCAAGUUCCCCAUGUCACUGGCCACUUCCAACCAGGGCAAACCACAGGGAUCACCCCUCGACCACCAGGAGCUUGACCCAAGACACCCUCUUCCCCUGGGCCAGAAUCCCCCCGUCACACGCCGAGCACCCGCCUCCAGGUUCCAUCAGUACCUGAAGUGGGUUGUCCUCUCCCAGUGCACAGGGAAGAGCAUGCCAAACCAAGCCUACCCAGGGUUCCUCACAGAGUGACACUUUCAACAGGACUGUGAGCUCUCUCUCUCUCUGUCUUUUACACUCACACACACACAAACACACACACACUAGCUGAGAGAUCAGCACAUACACUAUAAGAAGAGUACAAGCAGUAUUGGAAUGUUAAUUUUAAGGGAGAACUCUGUCUAACCUUUGGCCCCAGCACUGACUUCUAUAUCAGUCUUCCUUAAUAUUCUGUUACUAUGACGACCACAGAACAACUGGCUCUAACACUCAUCUAGUUGCCAACACACAGAAAUAACAUAACACACGCACACACACACACGCUCACACAGCAGUAGUGGUCUGUAACCAAGAUGUUUGUCUGUCUUCGUUAAUGUUUGUCUGUCUGUACAUAUGUGUGUUUGCCUGACAAUACUCGUGAGUAUGUUUGAGUGUGCAGGUGUUUAUGUGUUGAACUAUUUUGUAACAUUUGUAAAAAGCCUUGUUAAGUUAACCUUGUAAAUAUAUAUAUUACAUUAUCUUUAUUUUAAAAAAUUGUUUUAUGGUUUACAUAAGUGCACACAGGUGCACCAUAAUUUCCUUCAAGAUGUUACUUGAAAUGUUUCCCUUAAUAUAUAAUUUUGUUUUGUUUUAUAUACAGUAAAUAUUCUAUAUAUAUUUUUUGUAUGAAAAGAAUAAGUACUUUUAUUGUGAUUUGACUUCUCGGAUGUACUUGUUUCUAAAACAAACAAAAAAGAAACAUCCUAAAGCCUGUUCCUUGUUUCCUCACAGAUGGCCUUUCUCUGUGACUCACAGUACUAUGCAGAAAAACUUUCUCUCAUUUAGCAAAGAUACAAUAACUCAUCCAACAUUAACAUUCUCCAGUCAAAAUCCUUAGUUCUGGCCGUUGAAAUGCCUCUCCGUUUCAUGGCUGGAUAGCAUCCAUUUCCGCAUUUGAAGAAAGCAAUGUACUCUCCCCUUGCUGACACUACUAUCUACCUUAUGCUGACAAUGCUUAUCUUAUUUGGCAGCAAACAGGGCUUUAUCUACCAUAACCUAAUUUAAGUCAGAAUAAUGUUUGUAUGCAUCUCAGCUCUCUUAUCAAAGAACGAUCACAUACUGUCCUUGCAUCAACUCUAUCAUAACUGUCUUUUCAAUUGGAUUAAGUAUUAGUUGGUAAUAAUUUGCUUGACCAAACCUGCCUAUGUGUACCAGAGGAAACGUUUGUUUUCAUUUUAUGGGUGACCGAGAAAGCGCAAAAUAUUGACAACAUGCCCUGUUAAACGUCAAGGAUUAUAAAUGCAACCUGCAUGUUACACAAAGUUACAUUUUGUAAAGUCUGUCAAUUAUAUUGUAUUUGUUAUAUUAUCAGGAAUAUUUCAAGUAUUAAACCAUCUACACAUGA